AUGAGCCGCAGCCUUCUCCUCGGCGCCGGCCUGCUGGCGCAAUUGGCCGUCCCUGCUCUCGGUGCUGCUGCGCUGGUGGCCCAUGAGUCCCUCGCGAGCCUGCCCUCGGGCUGGACCAAGGUCAGCACUCCAGAUGCAGACACCACCAUUCAGCUGUCCGUCGCACUGGCCCUGCAGAAUGUCGACCAGCUUGAGAGCACGCUGCAGUCUCUCUCGACCCCCGGCAAUGCCGGCUACGGCCAGUUCCUGGACGUGGACGACAUUGCUUCUCAGUUCGGACCUGCCAAUUCGUCCGCCGAGGCCGUGACCAGUUGGCUCCAGGAAGCCGGCAUCACCCAGAUCUACAACUCGGGUCAAUCGAUCAACUUUGCCACCACUGUCAGCAAAGCAAACAGCCUUCUCGGGGCCGACUUCAACUACUACUCUGAUGGCGGUGCAGCCAAGUUGCGUACUUUGUCGUACUCCGUCCCAAGCGACAUCAAGUCCGACAUUGACCUCAUCUCGCCCACAACUUACUUUGGCAAGACCUCUACCUCUCGCGCCAUUAAAACAUACAAGAGCAAGCGCUCGCCCUCGACUACCACCACGUCGUCCAGCUCGGCUGUCUCCGUGGCCGCUUCCUGUCAGACAUCCAUCACACCUGCGUGCUUGAAGCAGAUGUACAAUGUCGGAAACUAUACCCCCAAUGCCCAGAGCGGCAGCCGAGUAGGCUUUGGAAGCUUCCUGAAUGAAUCCGCCAUCUAUGACGACCUGUUCGACUAUGAGGAGGUCAACGGAAUCCCGUUCCAGAACUGGACCAAGGUGUUUGUCAAUGACGCACUCAACUCUCAGGACCCAAAUGCCGGUUACGAUGGCGAGGCCAACCUCGAUGUUCAAAACAUCGUUGGCGUCUCCCACCCACUGCCUGUGACUGAGUUCCUUACCGGAGGAGCACCUCCGUUCAUCCCUAGUCUGGAUACGGCAACUGACGACAACGAGCCCUAUCUCCCGUAUUACGAGUAUCUUCUGUCCCAGAGCAACGCUGAUCUGCCGCAAGUCAUCUCUAACUCAUACGGUGACAAUGAAGAGACUGUGCCAUAUCUGUAUGCGAUUCGCGUUUGCACCUUGAUUGGAUUGACUGGAUUGAGAGGUAUCUCUGUCUUGGAAUCCAGCGGUGACUUGGGUGUUGGCGACGGAUGCUUGAGCAACGACGGCAAGAAUACCACCCAAUUCGAGCCCAUUUUCCCUGCAACCUGCCCCUACGUGACCUCAGUCGGAGGUACCCAGGCCGUCACCCCAGAGGUUGCAUGGACUGCCAGCUCCGGUGGAUUCAGCAACUACUUCCCCCGCGCCUGGUUCCAGGAGGCUGCUAUUGAGACCUACCUAGACAAAUACAUCAGCAGCGAGACCAAGGAAUACUACUCCCAAUACACCAACUUCGGCGGCCGUGGCUUCCCCGACAUUUCCGCACACAGUCUCCUUCCCGACUAUGCCAUUGUGUACAGUGGUGUCGUUGGUCCCAGUGGCGGUACCUCGGCUGCUUCUCCCACCUGGGCUGGUAUCAUUGCCUUGCUGAACGAUGCUCGUCUGGCCGCUGGCAAGUCCACUCUCGGCUACUUGAACCCAUUCUUCUACGCCAUUGGCUUCACUGCCCUCAACGACAUCACCGGCGGCGGUUCCGUUGGCUGCAACGGUAUUGACGGCCAGAGCGGCGAAGCCCAAGCCGGCGGCGGCAUUGUCCCCUACGCUUCGUGGAACGCUACCGUGGGCUGGGAUCCAGUUACUGGCCUUGGUACCCCCGACUUCCAAAAGUUGAAGGAGCUUGUGCUGUCCUUUUAA